UGGAAGAAAACCAAACCAAACGAACGCGCAAUGGCUGAAACUGCUAUCGACGUUGCUGCUACGGCCCCUGCCGUCGUCGCCUCUCCGCCAGCCGCCAAAGCACCACCGAAGCAGGCGGCCAAGGCUAGCAAGAGUGACGCCAAGAAACCGAAAAAAUCUUCAACCCAUCCACCAGUGAGUGAGAUGGUUCUGGCUGCCAUCCGGACCCUGAAGGAACGGAGCGGAUCAUCACUGCAGGCGAUCAAAAAGUACAUCGCCGCCAACUACAUGUGUGACGUCGCCAGGCUGGCUCCGUUUAUCCGGAAGGCUUUGAAAACGGGUGUCGAGAAGGGAAACAUCACCCAGACCAAGGGUACCGGUGCUUCCGGAUCGUUUAAGGUGACGGUCGAGGCUAAGAAGCCGGCUGGCGAUAAGAAACCACCAUCGGGUGCAGCGAAAAAAUCGGCUACUAAAUCCGGGGAGAAGAAAAAUCCGCCGGCCGGUGGUGGUGGUGAGAAGACCAAAAAGGCAAAGGCGGCGGCAAUCCCGGCCGCUAAGAAAUCGGCUGCGAAGAAAACGAAAGCUGCUGCUGCCCCUGCCAAGGCGGCCGCCGAUUGGCAAGAUAAAUCAGUCGUCGUUAGUUUGAUUAAACAACAUCACUUUAGUAAAUAG